UUAGAUCACUCGUGUCUUUACAUCUUAAGAGUUGAAGUAGGGCUCUCCUAUUCAAAGUUUGGUUGCUAUGGAAACCGGUUUAGAGGGCUCGUACACAACAACAUGGAGGAAGACAAAUCAGCCGCAGUUCUGGAUAGCAGUGUCUCCAAAUUUCAGAGUUAUGAGGAUUACCUUAGUUCCAAGCUCACCCCCUUGGAUUUACAUUAUCUGGAGGACGAGGAGAUGGCCCGCCAGCUGCUGGAGCUGGGCUCCAUAGGCGGCGGCGAGGUCCUCAAAAAGAAGGAAUUUGAGAAAAGGAAAGCAGCUGCAGAGGCCCGCAGGCACUCCAAAGCCCAGCAGAAGACACUGGCGAGCGCAGGAAAGGAACUCAAAGAUAACUUCCUGAAAGCCCUGGCCGAACGAGAGGAGCCCCACCGCAGUGGGAAAAUGGCCUCCAUCAUUUUCAUAAGGGACAGAAAUGCUCGUGGACAGGAAAUAUCUGGGUAUAUAGACUACUCCCACAGACUGCAGACCGAAGAUUUUGAACCAUAUUUCAGUGGAAAGAAAAAGUUUUUGCCAAAGUCAACUGAUUUAAGCUUCUUAAACUGGGAAACUGAGCAUGUUUGUUCCAGGGACAGCCCAAACUACCACGUGAUUGAUGACAAUCCAAGUGGCAUGGUCUUCAAAAACAAAAUAGACAGAAAAAUUGUGGACGUGACUCCAAAGGGUCCAACUGGUGAUAGUUCCUCUUGCACUCCUAUCAAGACUGACCUCUACAUGCAGGUUGUGAUCUUUGACCACAUCAACAGGAGGAGAAACUAAGCCAAGGCAUGCUUUGGAAAGAAUCAUUAUUUGACAUUGCCGACAGACUUUAAUUUUAUCCAGUGUUGUUUUUGUGACAAUUACAGUAUAUUUGGAUGCUUGGAAUGCUUGUGUAAUGUAAUGAAGCCCUAUUUAAUUAAAUAAAACAACUUUUUCUUGUUUUAAAA